AUGAAAGUUGAAUUAACUAUUGAAAAAAAUGUCAUUCUAAAACGUGAUAAACCUUGGUCACAUUUUUAUUUUCUUAAUGAUAAUGAACUGUUAUGUUAUAAUGAACAUAAAAAAUUUGAAUCAGUUAAUUCAUCUAAUGGUAAAAUUGAACAUAUAUCAAAUAAAACAAUAAUAAAUAUUUCAAAAACAUCUCUUACUCAUUGUUUAUCAAAUAAUGGUCAAUUAUGUGCAUUUCUUUCUUCAAAUUAUGAAAUAAUAAUUUGGGAUAAAGAUAAAUUAAUUCGAACAAUACCAUCAUAUUCAUUAGCUAUAAAAGCAAUUAAAACUACACCAAAAAUUUAUAUAAGUAAUAAUGGUGAACAAGCUAUUCUUAUUUUACAACAACCAUAUCGAUUAUUUCUAUGGUUUAAAUCAUCUUAUUCUCAAUUAAUAUCUUCUAAAUCUCAUCAUAAAUCUCCAAUAUGUUCAAAUAUAUCGAAUCAUCCAACAAAUGAAAUAGGUACUUGGUAUGAAUUAAAUUUAAUUAAUCAACAAUUCGAUAUAAUGAAUGAUGAUGAACAUCAAAUAUCAAUUAAUUGUUUUUUUCGUUCAAAAAAUUCUUCAAUUAUUUGUGCAUUUGUUUGUUUUGAUCAAUCAGGUUUUAUUCAAAUAAAUCGUAUUGAUAUUAAUUGGAAAUCAACAAUUUAUUCUGAACAAUUAUUAUCAUAUUCAUUUGAAAUUCUUCAAAUACCAAUAAUAUUAUCAUCAUUAUCAUCAUCAUUAUGUUUUACAUGUUUUGCUCAUUCAUCACCUAUAUUAGCUAUUGGUUUAUCAACAAAUAUUUUAUUAGUUUCAUUAACAACAAUGGUUUUUUCAAAAAUCAUACCUAUUAAUUGUUCAUUUAAAACAUUAUCACCAAGUCAUCAACAAGUAUUUAUAAAUGAUUUAAAAUGGAGUUAUGAUGAUCAAUUUAUAAUUGGUUUAACAAAUCGUGGUGCUUUAUUUUUUCUUAAUCGUUUUGGUUCACAAUUAAAUUUAAUAACACAAGGUGAAUGUAUUACACAAGGUCCAUCAUUAUUUGUUAUUAUUCAUCCAUUAAUUGGAAAAGAUAGUGAAGCAACAACACAUUUAGGUUUAGAUUCAUUUAUGAAAUCAAUUGUAUCAUUUUCAGAUGAUGAUAAAACAAAACAACAAAGAUUUUCAUUAACUGUAAAUGCAAAUAAAUCAUUAAUUUAUUGUAGUGAUGGUUAUCGUUUAGCACGUUUAACUUAUUCAAAUCAAAUUCGUGAUAGAAGAUUUUAUGAUCCAUUACUUAGUUUAUAUUUAAUGGAUUUAAAUAAAAAACAACAAGAACAUUCAGUUUUUAUACAUAAAACAAGAUCAUUUGAUGAGUUUCCAAAAGCUGUUGAUCGUAUUGAUACAGAAAGUAUUGGCGGUGGUGGUGAAGUAAAUAUUUCAAAAAAAUAUGGAAGUUCAACAUCAUUAACAAUUGAUGAUUUACCUGAACUUCCAUUAGAUGAUAUAUUUUCUGCUUAUCAACUUCUUUUAACAUCAUCCGAACGUGUUCAACAUGAAAUUUGUUCAUGUCUUGAACGAACAACACGAACAAUACUUCUAUCACCAAAUAAUGAAGACGUUCUUACAUCAAUUCAAUUAUCACAUUGUUUAACAAAUCUUGCUCUAUCAUCUACAUUUGGAUCAUUAACAUGUUUACGUAUUUCAUGUUUAACAAGAUUUAUACCAUUAUUUAUUGAUGUAUUUAAACAACAAACAACUGUUGUAAAUGAUCCCGAAUUAUUACAAUUAUGUAUUUUAUAUAUUAUUGAACAAUGGUUACAAGCUGUUUUAUAUAUACCAACUAAAUUAAAUACAUUUGAAUUAUACCGAAGACAAAAAGUGAUUCAAUAUAAUGAAGGAGAAGAGGAACAAGAACAAGAACAAGAACAAGACGAAAUGAAUUUUCGAAUUUGUAAAGGGAUUCAACAAUUACAAUUAUUACAAGGAACAAAUAUUAAUUUAGAUGAUUUUUUACCAACCUCAUUAUCUGAUCGACAACAUAAUUUUCAGGCAAAUGAUUCACAUUAUAAUCGUUUUACUCUUCUUCCUUCAUGGUAUAAAUUAUGGUUAUCAAUAGAAAAAAGAUUUUAUCUUAAUAUAAAAAACUUACCAAAAUAUUUAACAACAAUGCGUCUUUUUAUUCAAUCAAUAUUACAUUCAUAUCCAUCAUUAAAUGCUAUUCGUCUAUUACAAUACGGUCAUCAAAUUGAUUUAAAUGAUCUUUUUCCACCAGCAAUAACAUCUACUGAUCAUCCAUUAAAUACAAAAGGUUAUUCAACAUUAAAUGAACGUCGAAAACAACGUCGUCGAUCACGUCAUUCAAUUGAUAUGCCAAAUUCAGCACGUUCAUAUCGUCGUGGAAAACCAUCAACAGAAGCCCGUAAGGCUCUUGUACUUCAUCGUGUACUUUAUGCAUUAAUUGAACAAUAUAAUAUUCGUGAUGCUGUAUGCAUACUUAAUGUUGCUUUACGACGUGAAACAUCACUUUUAUCAUCAUGUCUUCCAAUUGAUUUAUUUAGUGCAAAUUUAUUUCAAUAUAUUGAUACUCGAACUUAUUUUGGUAUGCCUGGUAAUGCUUUACGUUCUGUUUUACGUACUUUAGCUCGUUUUAUGGCUCGAUCAAUGAUAACAACGAUUAAUAAUGAAGAACAACAACAACAACAACAACAUCAAUUAUUUAUUUAUUCAGUUGAUUCAGCAUGUCCAUUACCAAAUUUAUUUAAAACAAAACAAAAAAUCAAUGAACAAUUAAAAUAUCGAAUGAUUAAUAUUGAUCGAAAUCUUGAUGCAUUACUUUAUACAAAAUUAUGUGAAUAUCUUCAAAUAGAUAAUCUUAAAUCUGUACUUAAACAUACUUAUAAACAAGAUGAAAUAAUGUUAUUUAUUAAAAAUUUAUCAUCAACAUUAGAACAAUUUCUUCAAUGUGCAACACUUUUACAAGUACCAUUAACUGAAAUGUUAUUAAGACGUUUAAAUGCUAUUAUGAUUUAUUUAUUUACAUUAAUACCAAUAUUUAUAUCAUCAAAAUAUUAUUUACCAUGUCCACCAAUAUAUUCUUCAAUAUUAAAUACAUAUGAUGAUGAUAAAUAUGAUAUAACAUGUAAAUAUGAAACACAUAUACGUUUAAUUUAUUAUCGUACAAUACAUAUAUUUAUACAAAUAUUAUCAGCUAGUCGAAUACAAUUAUCAUGUCUUAAAUGGUAUUUAGAUUAUUUAACAAUAACAAAUAAUAGACGUAAACAAACAACAAAUGAAACAAAUGAUAGUUUUUAUUCAAUUAAAAUGUUACUUAAAUCAUUACGUUUUCAUAAAUUACCAAAUAUACCUGAUCGAAUAUUAAUUUAUUUUCGUGAUUUUUGUAUUAUAUUAUUUUUAUUAGAUACACGUGAUCGUUUAUCACUUACAUUACGUAAUUAUUUACGUCAUAAAAUUGAAUUAACAAAUCUAUCUGAUAAACUUUCAUGGAAAAUAAUUAGUUAUGCAACAAUACUACUUUCAUUUCGUUGUUUAAUAUCAGAUGAAAUGGAUUUAUUACGUAUUGUAUUAAAUAUUUUUUUUGAUUUAACACCAUCAGAACAAUUAAUGAGAGCAUUAGCUAAAUUAAUUAUUGCACGACAACAUCAAGAUAAUAAUAUAGAUAAUAAUGAUGAAAUUACAUUAAUUAUUAAUAAAUUAAAAGCUAAAUGGAUGCAAAUUAAUCCAACUUAUAUUCAAUUAUAUGAAGGAUUUUUAGAAACAAUUAUUCUACAAGAUGUUCAAGGAGAUAUUAUUCAACAUUAUAUGAAUGAUAUACAUGAUCAUCAUAAUCAAGAACCAUUAUUUGAUUUAAAACCUAAAUGGUUUGAAACAUGUGUUGAAUAUGGUGAAUUUAUGACAAUGCUUAUACCACUUCUUCUUGAUACAUCAUCAUUAACUAAUAUGAAACAACAAGAAUUAAAUAAUGAUCAUACAAAAUUUGAUAGUAAAUCAAUUCCUUUAUUACAAACAAUGAGUACACAAUUACGUGAAUUAGAACUACCGAUAAAUCUUGAUAAACGAUAUUUAUUUAAACAAGCUCCACUUUUUGUUCCACCACAUGAAUAUAUAGUUUUUCCUGUACGUAUGAUACCAUAUGAUACACAACAAACUAUGUUUCAACAAACACCAACAACUAGAAAUAAUAAUACUAUUGGAAGUUUUGUUAAUAUAUCUUCAACACAACAACCACCUGGUGUUGUCACUCUUGAAAAUCAUCAUCGACGUAAUUAUUAUAAUUCAGAUAGUAAUAAUAAUAAUAAUACUAAUAAUAAUAAUAAUGGAAAUCCAUCGAUGGAAUGGGAUGGACGUUCAGAUGAUCCAUCACGAUCAUAUGUACGACAAUUUGAUGAACCAUAUGAUGAAGCAGCUCGACGUAGUAUUUGGAUGGUAGGUUGGGCUAAUCGUGAUUUUACAACAACUACUGAUCAAACACAAACAACUAAUAUGCGUAUUCCUGUAUCAGCACAAUUUCUUGCAUCAAGUUCAUUAGUUAGUGAUCCACAACAUUAUACAACAAUUGUUAAACAACAUUCACAACAAAUGAAAUUUAAUAAUGAUCAAGGAGAAAAUGAUUCUGAUUUAACAAAUGUAACUAAAGAUAGUGAAGAUGAUGAUGGAAGUCAUACACAAAGUGAUUUACCAUCAAGUCCUCGUCGACGUGAUAUUUCAUUUCGAAAAAAUUCACUUGAAGAAAGUGUAUCAUUACCUGUAAUGAGUAAUGAUGGUGGUGGAGAUCUUGGUCGUAGUCAUGAUUUUCGUGCACCAUCACGUGAAACUGGUAUUGAUGAAACAUUAACUUAUGAUCCACGAGAUAUUCUAGCUGAUUAUAAAGAAUCACCUGGUCAUCAACAUAGAAAUCAACAAAGAUCAAGUCCAAUAUCACAUAUUUCACCAUCAACAACGAAUGGAUUUCAACAACAACCAUCACCUCAUUCAGUUCGACAAUCAUAUAGUGAUCGUCGUUUUCUUGAUGAUUCUGAUCCAUACUUGGCAUUGAGACUUGAACAAGAAGAACGAGAAAAAUAUGCUUUGAUAGAUUCUAACAGAACAAUGCCUUCGAAACAAUCUCCUUUCGGUCAAUAUUCAUCUUCUCGAGAUUCACAUAAUCAUCAACCACCAUUUCAAGAUUCAAAUAGUCGUCGAUCUCCUACAAGAGAUCCACAUAGCCGUCGAUCUCCUACUAGAGAUACAUAUAGUCAUCGACCAUCUUCUCGAGAUCCACAACAUGAUCGUCAACAUCAUCAAUAUUUUCCACAAAUUCAACCACCACCACCAUCAUCAUAUAAUCAAGUUCAAGCACCUGUACCUAUUCAAUAUAUUCCUUCAAUACGUUUACCACUUCUUCGUCUCGGAGCUCCUGUAAUCACUACUACUACACCUAUGUUAGUGCAACCGCGAUUACCACCACCACCACCACCACCUCCACCAGUUGUUGUUUAUCCUUCUAGACCAAUAUAUGUUUCACCAGCACCACGUCCUCCUCUUCCAAUGCUUCAUUUAGCUCCUCAACUUCCACCACCAGUAGCCAUUUCACCACGAGCAACACAAGCUGAUCAACAAAGAUUAUCCUAUGUACAAAAUAUUAUGCAUCAAUAUGCUGACAACAAUCGACCUCGUCUUCAGUUAUUACAAUUGCGUUCACAUCCUAGAAUAAAUAAUACUACUGAGAUAAAUAUACCGAUGCCUACAUCUAAUAUUGUUAGUAAAUCAUCGGACACAAAAAUUGAUACAGGUAUACAAGUUGAAAUACCUCGACAAGAUGGUUUUGUUAUUGAACCAGGUCUUUUUCAAACAUUAUUGCGAGAUGCUACUGGUGUAAAUUUUACAUCAGCUGAAGCUCAUUAUUCUGCUGCUCGUCAAAUUCAACAACAAGCAAUUGAAGCUCGUCGUCGUGAACGAUCUACUAUGACUGAUUUACCUGCUCAUCAAAUUUUAUAUGAUUUACAAUAUGCUCGUGGCGGUGAAGGUGAUGAACGAAAAUUUGUUAAUGUUUCUGAUAUUGCUGGUCCACAUGCUGAUGCAUUACUGGCUCAAAUCAGACGAGAUCAAAUAGAACGAGAACAACUUCAUUUACGUCAACAGCAACCACCACCACCACCAACAGUACCAACGGUUACUAACAUAAAUGGAAUGCCAUCAACUACUUAUCCCAUUGGUUUCGAACGACAACAUACACAAAUAUUACAGCAACAACAAGAACCUAUGACACGACCUUCAUAUCCAAUAGGAUUCGAACAGCAACCUUUAGGUUUUUAUAAUGCUGAUGAAUUACAACAAAAAAGUGAACUUAUUUUACAACGUCGACGACAACGAGAAGAAGAAGAAAAACAAGCCGAACGACUUGCUUUUGGUAAUGUUGAUGAUGAUCGUUCUCAACGAAGAGUUUCAUAUGAAUCACACAUACAAACAUAUGAACCAGAUGAACAUGAUGUUCCUCUUGAAUAUCUAAUAAAGCAACCUCGUCUCACAGAACCAAUUUCUGAUACAAGUUCACAUAUAGUAGAUCCAAUCUCAGUUCGUUCAAUUACACCUCGUUCACCACAUAGACAAGUUUCUAGUGAACGUCGAUUGUCAAUUAAAACUACUACACCUCGUGAUACAAGUUCUCCACGUAAACAAAUAUCAAGUGAACGUCCAAUUUCAAUUAAAAUUACAACACCUCGUGAUCCAUUUUCUCCACGUAAAACUACCAGUCAUAAAUCACAUUCAACAACUGGUACACCACGUAAAACUGCAUCACCCACUAUUGCUGAUCGACAUCGUGAAGCUCGUCAACGUCAACAACAAUUAUUAUCACGUGUACGUGAUGAAAAUGCUCUUCGUUAUGCUGAUGCUGUUCUUCAUGGUGAACCUAUACCAUCAACACGAACUUUAGAUGAAUUUCAAAUUGAACCAUUAGAAACAAGUUUUACAUCAACUGUACGUGAAAUGGCACAUGCUGAUGGCAUGAUUAAUCGUACAUAUGAUCUUGAUUUUAACGAUGAUGAUAUUGAUAUAGGUGAUGAUUAUUCAGAACGUAUACCAUCAAGACCAAUGUCAGCUACAACAUCUAAUUUUAAUCAUAAUGCAACUCAAUAUUCAACAUCAUCUUCAGUUCUACCACGACCAUCAUCAGCAUCAUCUACUAGAUCUUCUCGAAAAAUGACACCAAUGGGAAAAGCUAUUAUUCAGGCUAAACAAAAAGGUCCACCACCAGCUCGUAGUAAUAUGGCAAGAAAACGACCACUUUCAUCUCCAGCUAAUCUUGGACAAAAACGAGGUUCAAUGACUACUCCUGUCAAAAGAAGUCAAGCUCAAACAACACUGGUACGAACAAUACGUAAAUCACCACCACCCGCUCAUAAACCAACAACAUACAAUCAACGUGUACGUGCUUUAAAUAAAACAGAUAGUGAAAUACGAACAAAAACAAAACCAGAUUCAACUGAUCCUAAAGCACUCAUGCGUUUAUAUGGUACACGACGAGUACCAGGUCUUUAUAUACCUUAUGAAAAGACGGAACUACGAGUAACAAAGACUUAUUCAGAACGAAUGAAAGAAUUGCAACGACCUGCAUCAGCUCAUCUUCAAAGACAACGACAAUCACAAAGACAACAAGAAGACGAAUUAGAACAACGUCCAUCAAGUGCUCCGUCCAGCUCUGCGAGUUUGUCUGAUUGGGAAGUUGAUGAUCGCGUUAAACAAUUAUUGGCUGACGAUCAAGAUACAUUACCUAGUAAAAAAUUAACUAAAACAGUAACACCAUUAGCUGAUCUUGAUGAACUUGAUAUUGAUAAUAUGGAUGAAACGACUUAUAGUUUGACUCGUGUAACUGAACAAACAAAUGACAAUACUUAUGGUGAUGAUCUUCGAUUACUACAAAAUCGACGAUCUAGUGCCUUGAAUACUAAUACUUAUGGUGGUACAAGACUUAGUGCACGAAGUAGUGCUGGUGGUGAUAUGACAGCACGUGAUGAAAGUGAAUUAUCAAGAGGUGAAAGUAGUAUUGGAAGCUACGUCGAUUGGAGUAUAAUUGAUAGAGAUUUUCCGACAGGAACACAAUAA